AUGGUUGGCAACAUGACACCCAAAUCGCUUCUUUUCUUUCUCGUACUAAACUUGGCCCUUCUCGUCUUCGGCCAAGGCACUCAAUUCAUCACCGGAGCAUGCACGAGUGACGCUGAUUGUGCUUCUGGCUGCUGUGGCUUCAAUUCAGGCAAAUGCGCCGGCCCUGUUGUCGCUCAGGAGCGGGACGGAGGCUGUGGCUUUGGCGACGGGACCCCCAAUGAUCGAGCUGCUCAAGCUUUCCGUAACGGCCAGGCCACCACUCCCGCAACCACUGCUCCACCCGCCAACGGGAAUACCAACACCGGAAACACAGGCAAUACGGGGAACACUGGAAGUACUGGCACAGGCACUCAAUUCAUCACCGGAGCUUGCACCAGUGAUGCGGACUGUGCAUCGGGCUGCUGUGGUUUCAAUAGUGGCAAGUGUGCUGGUCCUGUUGUUGCCCAAGAACGUGAUGGAGGUUGCGGAUUUGGUGAUGGAACACCCAAUGAUAGAGCUGCCCAAGCCUUCCGUAACGGCCAAGCAACUACACCUGCUACAGCUGCUCCACCGGCGAGCAAUGGAGGGAAUACCGGCAACACCGGUAGCACUGGCAGCACUGGCAACACCAGUGGAUCAAACAAUAUCGAUCAGAGUGCCCCGGGCGCUCAGAACGUUGGCCUAGGCAAUGCAUCACAGUUCAUUACAGGCCAGUGUCUCAGCGACGCUGACUGCGCCUCGGGCUGUUGUGGGUUUAACAGCGGAAAGUGCGCCGGUGCAGUUAUUGCGCAAACUCGUGAUGGUGGUUGCGGAUUUGGUAACUCAACACCUAAUGACAACGCCGCCCAAGCUCUUAGAGGAGCAAAGAAGCGAGACGUCGAGUUCACAGCAUAA